AUGGCUUCUGAGGACACGUUAGGUGUUGAUCCCGAGCAUACAAUUCAGAUGCCGCAUACGCCUAUUUUUGAAGGCGGUGGUAGUCAGAUUGUGAAGAUGAUAAACUCAUAUUUAUUCGGUAUUCCUGUUCUUGGGAGAAAUAUUGAUACCUUGGCAACUUUAGGACUGUUUGAUCAGCCGAUAGCCCUGGACUUACACACUAUUUAUUUAUCCCUUUCAAAUCUUUUCUUCCAUGAGUACAUGUUGAAUCCGGUGGAAGCUAUUAAUUUUGGCCGCCUACACGCUGUUAAUGUUAUGGGGAUCGAUGAAGUCAACAGACAUGGUCUAAUACAGUCACAUCCGCCACUUUCUUUCGUGACAGGUCCGACAAUCGCUGCUGGUGCAGCAGCAACGGCUUCGGCGACUUCAGCUUCAGCUCCAACGUACACGCCGGUGCAAAUUCCCGGCACGAUUGAACCAGCCUUUGCACAGGCCAAUUCUUUUGCUGCGCCGCUGGUGUAUCCUACCACAGCUUAUUAUCCAGCGGCAAUUCCUUCACCUUCACCGUGUACAUUUUUGACUGCUGGUUCGCCGAUCACAGCGGUCUGUCACUGUGUAUAUGCUCAACCGUGUGCACUACAUCAUCGUCCUAUUACUUAUGCUCCACGGUCAUUUCCUACAUUAACAGGUGCUGUAGCAUCGGUGGGUUUGCCACCUCCAACGCACACUCACGUACCGCCGACGUCCGCAGCUUUACCAUUGGUUCAAGUUCCUGUAUUACCAUCAACGGUCUCUCCACCGAUCGUGAGGUCAUCUGUUAUGCGAUCUAAGCGUCCAGCAGUGCAUAGUUCUGGACCCUCCUCUUCAGUACCAUCAGAUCCAACUGGGACAGUUCACGUGCCCAAAGUUAGACGUGUUACGUCAUCAGAUGCUGCUUCUACAACCCCUAGUUAUCCAUCAGCUGUGGGAGUGAGUUCAAGGGAGGAUGAUUCUCUGGGCGGUGCAGCUUCUGGUAGUUCUGCGACUUUCUGUGAGUGUAGAUACAGAGCAGCAACGGAUUGUGCGCCUUGUUUGUGCCAUCUUCACUGCCGUCAGCAUCCCACUUGUACAUGUACUUGUCCCACGGCAUCUGCUAGGCGUGAGGACGAGUUGAGUAACCCAGUUCAUGAAGUCCUUUUGUCUUCAAGAAUGGCGCAAGUCGAACGUGAACGGCAAGCUACAAAUGCAUGGUUUAGGCGACAAGCAUUUGCGCCUGGAAGCUUGGUUGGUGUUGACGUGGUUGCGCCGCGAGUGUCGCCUCAUCCGUUGGUUAUGUUCCCACGCUCUUACCACCAUUCUUUGAUGGAACUUUCUAUGGUACUGCUUCAGCCUCAUGAAGCAGCUGUUGUGGUUGGUACUGCACCUGCUCAAACGGCUGAGACACUACCAGUUGGUGCAACAGUGGACCAGAUACAGAGAUACUCAACGAAACAUAAGUAUGUCAAAGACUGCAGUUUACCAGAAAAUGAACAGGAGCGGUGCACGGUUUGUUUGAUGGAUUUUGAGACGGAGGAUGAAGUGCGCUCUUUGCGGUGUGAUCAUGUUUUCCAUGUCGGUUGCAUUGACCGCUGGCUUGUUUACAACAAGAAGUGUCCAGUCUGUCGACUUGAUCUCGACAAAGCGUGA